UGUCUUUCGCUACAGGUUUCCGUCUGUGAGGAGGAGCUGUCACACAGGUGAGCCACAGGUGGGUGUGUAUAAAUACCUGGUGGUUUUACUUUGAGAGCAGAUCUGUCGUUUGGAGUCAUGGCUUUCAGGCUGAUCUCUGUGGCUGUGCUGCUGCUCUGCACUCAAGAGAGUGUGGCUCAGCUUUCUGUUUGUGGUCAGGCUAAUCUGAACACCAGGAUUGUUGGAGGACAGAAUGCUCCUCCAGGGUUCUGGCCCUGGCAGGUCAGUCUGCAGACAUCUGCACACUUCUGUGGAGGAUCGCUCAUCAACAACCAGUGGGUGCUGACGGCGGCUCACUGUUUUCCAAGUCGCAGUGCAUCUGGUGUGAACGUGCUUCUGGGUCUUCAGAGUCUGCAGGGAUCCAACCCCAACAUGGUGUCUCGAACAAUAACAACUUUAGUCGUUCAUCCGAGCUACAACUCUGUGACAUCUGAUAACGACAUCGCCCUCCUGCAGCUCUCCUCACCAGUAACCCUCACCCCCUACAUUACUCCAGUCUGUCUGGCUUCCACCAGCAGCAACUUCUACAGCGGCAUCAACACCUGGGUCACCGGCUGGGGCAACACUGGAAGUGGAAUCUCCCUUCCUUCCCCACAAACCCUCCAGGAAGUACAAGUGCCGAUUGUGGGAAACAGACAGUGUCAAUGUAACUAUAACACCGUCUCAAUCACGAGUAACAUGGUGUGUGCCGGGUUACCAGAAGGAGGCAAAGACUCUUGUCAGGGAGACUCAGGAGGUCCACUGGUGAUUAAGCAGAACAACCGUUGGAUCCAAGCAGGAAUUGUGAGUUUUGGAGAAGGUUGUGCUCUACCUAAUUACCCUGGAGUCUACUCAAGAGUGUCUCGGUACGAGACCUGGAUCAAUGCCCAAAUCACCAGUAAUCAGCCGGGAUUUAUCGCCUUCACCUCCACUGGAACAGACAGUGACCUCAGUGUGUCGUGUUCCGGAGUGCCCCCAAUUACAAAUGUCACUACUACCACUACUACUACCACUACUACUACUACAACCACAACUACAACAACUACUGUACCACGAAUAACAACUACAACAACCACCACACGUCCAACCACUACAACCACCACACGUCCAACCACUACAACCACCACACGUCCAACCACUACAACCACCACACGUCCAACCACUACAACCACCACUACAACUGCGACUUUUGUACCUCGAACAGCAACUACAACAACCACUAAACCUUCAACUGCAUCAACCACCACACGUCCAACCACUACAACCACGACUUCUGCCCCCCGAAAGACAACUGCAUCUAAACCUACAACUACAACAACCACCACACGUCCAACCACUACAACCACCACUACAACAACAACCACAACCCGGUCACCAGCCACCACACCCAAAGCUGUGGUUUGUGGGCGGGCCCUCCUGAACUCCCACGUGUUAAAUGAGAGUUCAGUGGUAACUGCAGGUCAGUGGCCGUGGAUGGCGAGUCUGCAGAAGAACGGACAGCACGUGUGUGGAGGGACACUAGUUUCUCUGGACUCUGUGCUUAGCAAUGCUAACUGCUUCUCAAGUUCUCCUGUGGCGUCUGAGUGGACGGUUGUGUUGGGUCGUCUGCAGCAGAAUGGAUCAAACCCCUUUGAGGUGUCGCUGACAGUGACAAACAUCACUCUGAGCAACCAGACAGGCUCCAAUGUUGCAGUGCUGCAACUCUCCUCCCCACCCGUCCUGAGUGAUUACAUCCAGCCCAUCUGUCUGGACAACGGAAGAACUUUUCCUGUGGGAACAACAUGCUGGGCUGCAGGCUGGAGUUCUGGACGGGGAGGAGAAGAAGAAGUUCUUCAGGAGUUCCAAACUUCAGUGCUAGAAUGUUCGAGGCCAACAGCUGCAAAUGACAGCAUCUGUACCACGAUGUUCACGCUGGCUGAGGGCGACUCCGGUGGCCCGCUCAUGUGUCAGCAGGGCGGCUCUUGGUAUCAGGCCGCCGUGUUGUCGUUCGCACGCCGCUCCCUGAGGAGAAGACGAGCUGUUGCCGUUGCCGUGAUGGAGUUUGAAAAACUCAGCCAGUUUGAGGACUUCCUGGUUCAGACGGUGGGACCGUUUCUGCCUUCAACCAUCAACAGCAGCAGUUUCAACCCCACCACGCCCACCACGCCCAACACGCCCACCACGCCCACCACGCCCACCGCCUCCGUCUCCACCUGCACCUCAACGCCCGUUUGGCACAUCCACAAAAAGAUUUUCUUCUACUUCCGUCUGAUUUUCCACACUUUGUGGAACAUCAUCUCCUCAGAACAUAAACAUUAAUCUUAGUCGCACUUUACUAAUUUAAUUCUCUAUAUAUUUUUAAACUAAAUCUAAUUAUCUACUGGUUGGUUGUUUCUUUUUUCCCAUGAGGCAAAGACCUGAUGAUUGAACAGGUGUUAAAUCAGAAGCCUGAGCCUCUGCUGUAAUAAAUGUAUUGAUGAAUUAGUCUGAUUCUUCAAAGAAUGUUCUCCUCUCUUAGGAGAAAAACUUUGUUUUCUUUAUCUCAAACCUCCAAACUGUUGAGAGAAACGUGGACCCACAUCUCAACAUCGUGGUCAACGGUUUGACUUGGUUUCUAAAAUAUGUGCGAUAAGAACAACUCGGAAUUGUGUCAUUUUUUAUUCUUCAUACUAUUUCCUAAUUUUUAAAGACUGCAAACAUGUUUACUUGCCUGACAUGAAGAAAAACUAACAAUAAAGUAUUGGAGUGGUACAUGUGACUUUCUAUUACAGCAUGAUAACAUCAUAUUAAUAUAAUGUUGUAUUAUUAAUAUAAUUCUAAAUUAUUGAAUUUGUUUUAUUCAGUUUAUUUAUAUACAAUAAAUUAAUAUGCAA